AUGCCCAAGGUCCGCCACCGCAUCGGAUUCCACGAUAGCGCCUUUUCCUCGGACGGCUCGUCGUCUCGCAAACCCACCAAUGGCGUGAGGGAUCCGUUGUCGCUCUUCCCGGAUGUCCUUCUCAAUCCGCAGCAUCGAUACUGCACACCUCCGCCAUUGGACCCUUCGCUCAUCGAGCGUGACGACGUCGAAGUCGGGUUCCCGCCGAGCACCCUCUCGCGGAACCCAUCGGUUUCUGAACACCUAGCGCUUUUCGAAGAGCCGCCUCCCCCUCCUCCCGUCGGAUCCCAGGACGAUCCCAUUCUGCUUGACGACGAGGGAGACGGGGCCCUCCGCCGGGGAAUCCUCUCGAACCACCAACAAAGCCACAGCGAAUGGCUUCACUCCAAGCACGUCCUCACCACUCAGACAGGUGGUCUACAGGGCCCCCACUGA